ACUGCCUCGCACAUGCGCAGUGUGAGUGUCGGAGGGCUGAGAUGGCUGCGCCCAUAGACCUGGAGCUGAAGAAGGCGUUCUCUGAGCUGCAGGUGAAGAUGAUCGACACGCAGCAGAAGGUGAAGCUGGCCGACCUGCAGAUCGAUCAGCUGACUCGAGUCCAGAAACACGCCAAGCUGACGCACGCCGAGAUCGCCACGCUGUCCGCCGGGACGCCGCUCUACGAGGGCGUCGGGCGCAUGUUCAUUCUCCAGUCGAAGGAGGAAAUCAACAAUCAGCUGAUGGAGAAACAGAAAACAGCUGACGAGAAAAUUAAAGAGCUCGAGAAGAAGGUGUACCUUGAACGCAGCGUGAAAGAAGCUGAAGACAACAUCAGAGAGAUGCUGUUGUCCAGGAGGGCUCAGUGACCGAUCAAUUAUCAAUAACACACUGAUCAAUAAUCAGUAACACACUGAUCAAUGAUCAAAAACACACACUGAUCAAUGAUCAAUAACACACACUGAUCAAUGAUCAAUAACACACACUGAUCAAUGAUCAGCAACACACUGAUCAGUGAUCAAAAACACGUUUUCAUGUCUUUUUGUUAGUUGUUCAUAUUAAAAUGUUGAA